ACAGAGUCUACGUCAUCACUCCGCGUUUCCCAUCAAGAUGGCCUCCUCAUUUGGGAGCUGCUAGUUUUCACACGCUAUACCAGCACACAGGACUCGGCAACAACUUUAGUUUAGUUUUUUACCUCACAAAUCUUGAUAGAAAUUCGCUUUCCAUCGGCUCACAAUGAAGUCGGACGUGGAGGAGUUAAUGCCGAGGCUGCUGCCCGUUGAGGUUGGAGCCGGUGCGGAGGACCUGAACCUUAAUGGACCACCGAGAAACCCCCGGGAGUACCUCCGACAAGUCCAGCUGGAGGCGUCACUGUGCCCAGAGGUGGUGGUUGCUCAGAUUGACCCCAAGAAACUGAAGAAGAAACAAACAAUUAAUGCCUCUGUGGCGGGUUGCCAUGCCGCUCCAGAGGGCUUCUCCCCCAACCUCGGAUGGCAGCAGCACCAAGUCAGUAACUUCUCAGACGUCAGACAGAGCAUCACAAAGAACAGGAGUCACUGGAGCGGCCACACUCUGGACGACAAUGUGCUGAUGCCAAACCUGACGGAUGAGGAGGGCUGGAAGAGGUUUUGUUUAGGGGAGGCGGUCUGUCUGGACAAUGCGUCCUGCCACACAGAUGCUGGACCAGAGCCGGCACUGGAUUACAGCAAGGUGGGCUUCCCCCCCUUCCUCACCAUAGUCAGCAGACUGAACCAGUCCACUGUGCUGAUGGUGUUGGAAAUUCUAAUCUGCUGGUUUGAGGAACACAAGUUUGUUCCACAGCUGGGUCGCUGGUUGUACGCCUUGUUGGCCUGCCUGGAGAAGCCCCUGCUGCCCGAAGCCCACUCCUGCAUCAGACAGCUGGCCAGGAGAUGUGCCGAGCUUCGCAGCGCACUGGAGAGUCAAGAGGACGAGAAACUGCCUGCCCUCAACCUGCUCAUCUGUCUUGUUGCCAGAUACUUUGAGCAGAAUGACCUGGCAGACCAGCCGGAUUGAACACAGGGUUGAGUAGAACAUCCAGAUGUGGAGGAAUGUGUUGCAUCUCUAACGGUGAAGCAACAGGAAACAUGGACAAUUGAAGAUGUUGACUCAGAAGGUUCCAAGGAUGCAGCCGAGUUGAAGGCUGCGGCCAUUUUGCAAAUCACGGUGAAAGUUGAGGACAAAAAUAAAUAAAAAGAUCUGGAUUGUUAACAGAUUUAAAUUCACCAAGUCAUUUGGAUCUCUGACGUUAACGAAACAACCGAAGCAUGAUGGUUAUUUUUUUUUUGAUUCUGUACAUUUUGUUAUGGGGUUUAUGGAUGUUUUCUAUUAAACUUAUAUACUAA